AUGGCUCCCGCGACGUUUACUCAAGACCCUACCAAGGUCAGCCCUCAUGAUGAAGCCGCUCGUCGUGAUUAUCUUGUUGCCUAUAUCAAAACUAUAGGGCUAUUCGAUAAGGAACAUCUCGAACGAAGGUACAGCAAGGCGGUGGUUGCGUUAAGCAACGAUCUUCAUUCCAGGGGCGCGCGUCAAGUCGGCCAUUUAUUCUUUGAGUACAUGGUCGAUCACAUUAUCUGGGAUGAUAUGUUUAAAUGCGCGACGAAAACCGGCCAUGUUGUCCCCAGGUUUCCGUGGGACAAUAUGCCCAAAACCAACGACCACAGCCAGGGUAUUUCCACUACCUACAAGAAAUGGCGCCUGAAAAAUGGCCACGAUGUGCCUCCAGAUGUUCCAGUGUCUCUCCCUACAAGGCCGACACCGCAUCAAGUUCCUCGGAGUGCACCCAGCUCCCAGGAAGGCACAGUUCCGCUGCCUCCCAUUGCCUUCGAAGCCAGGGCUCCCCAAGUGCCGGAAACCUUCCGCUUCACGACUCCGUUCAAGAGGGGAAACGCAGCCACCAACAUGCAAGCCGACAGGGGGAAGAAGCGUAAGGGGCCUAUGGACGAUGACACUCUCGCUACAUCCAAGAGAACCCGUUUCUCAACCCACCCCGACGUUGGGGUGCACAACGACAAGGGCAUGGAGCCAGCCCCUAUCGCUUCGCUGGCUUCACGACAAACCAUGCGGAAGAACAUCAAUGGCGACACCCCUUUCAGCUAUCCAAUCGUUGGGCCUUUCGAGAUCGAUCUCCCACCGUGGCUUGACUUCGAUACGCUGAUCUGGGGUAAGGAUGGUAAACUCUACGACGAAUUGAUCUCGUCGCUACACGAUUUUCUCACUGUAGGCUGGACUACCGCUGGAGGGAAGCCUUCUCGUUUGGUCAUUGGUUUCAAUCCCUCCCAUGAAGAUACUUCCAAGCGUCAUAGGCUCUGGUACGACUUGACAACACUGUGGGAAGACGUUCUUACUUGGUUCACCCAGGCCAGACGUAGCAGCUGGGUCGCCCUGUUGCACAGCUUGAGAGGACAAAAUUGGAGGAGAACAUUCCAAGCCUGUAAUAAGGCCCAAGGCAGACUUAAGGGAGUUCAGUGGGAGAGCGGACGUGGACCCGUACCAGAAGAACAGGUGGCACUGGAGCGUCACAGCAUGGAGGAAUGA